AUGACCUCCACACCAACCAGCUUUGUCCAGACGUUAUUGAGAAGAAACAACGCCAGCAGUAGAAUCCCUUCCAAUAAAGAUGAUCGGUCAAAUUUACGAGGAGGGUCCCCACUCAGUCAUAGGGCGGCUACUUUUUUCCAUAAUGAUGCACCCCAAUCCCAGUCCGUUGGCAACGACUCUUUGCUAAACACAUCGCCAUACACCAGUCGUCAAUUUCAGGGGGAGGUUGACGGGAGGAGGGAUGACCAGAUCACGGAGGAUCACCACAUGGAGAAUGAAGUAUCAGCUUCCUUCUCAUCUGAAAUUGCCGACAUCGAAGAUGCUAUGGACACGAGGGAAGCCACUGAGCCGAGAGCUGACAAGGAAGAGUCAUUCUUGGUGCGUCCUCCACCCAACCUCUCCGGCAGCCCGUUUGAUAAAGUCGAAAACUCAGGGAAUCGUCGCACUUCUAAGGAGCUGAUCAGUCGCAAUGGCUCGCCCGUUUCAUGGGAACCGACAACCGCCGCCGACGAUGAUAGUGCCAUUGGCCACGGUCACGAGUCAGGAGAGCCGCUUGACUUUCAGCUUCUCUCUCCCGGAAGCACGACUUCGCGUGGGAAACGAGGGAGGGAGAGUUUCGAGGACGCGGCUACGGCUUUCCCAAGGACCCCUUGUCAGAAGAGGAGUAAUUUUGGGCGCGCUGGCACUCGUGGAAGGUACGACGACUAA